AUGUCGCUCCCGUCAGACCCCAAACUCGAGGGCUUUGAGAUAAUUCAAGUCAAUUACAAGCAAAUCGGCGACCAAGGCAUCCAAGCAGAUAUUUUGAUUCCUCGCAGUCCACACACGGGUGCAAGACCACUGAUUGUUCGCGUACAUGGCGGUGUUCUGAUCAUGGGCGACUCGCUCUACAUGGAUUGGUGGCCCCAUUGGGUAUCCGAUCUCGCUCUCCAGCACAACGCCAUCAUCAUCAGCCCCAAUUACCGCCUCAUGCCAGAGGCCACCAGCGCCGAUAUCUUCACCGACUUGACAGAUUUCUGGACCUGGUUGCGAUCCCCUGCCCUCAAAAAGAUUCUCGCCGCUCACUCCCCUCCGACCAGCAUCGAUCUCGACCGAAUCUUCGUGACGGGCGAGUCCGCAGGCGGCCUGCUCAGCGUCCACUUAGCUCUGACGUAUCCCGACGAGAUUCGAGCCGCGUCCGCGGCCUAUCCGGCCGUGGCCUUGAAUGCAGAGGCGUUCACCAAGCCACGGCUAACACCACCUUUUGGCAUCGAUGUUCGCGAGGCGUUGGUGAAGAUGCAUCUCCACGUGGCAGCGCUGGGUACGGUGAAAUCCUCCAUCACGUCUCAGGACAGGUUGCUCUUCGCUCUGGGUACGAUGCAGCACGGGUAUUUGUUCGAGAUGUAUGAGCGGGGCGCAGAACAGGUGCCCCGGGAGGUUCUGUAUCCUAUUCUCAAGGUGGCGGAUCCGAAUCUUCGGGUUCCUCGGGGGGGACUUGUGGUGCUGCAUGGUCGUCAGGAUACGGUGGUGCCGCUGAGUGAUAGUGAGCGGUUUGUGGUACAGGCUCAGAAGGUGCUUGAGAGGCGUGGGGAUGGGGGAGCAGGUGUUUCGUUGGUGGUGAGGGAUGGAGAGCACGGGUUUGACGCCUCUGCGCGUCUGGAAGAGGACUGGGUGCAGAGCGCUAUGGAACAGGCUAUUCGGGUCUGGUUGGAGUGA